AUGCUUGUAAUUGCCGGCACCCGUGCUCCAGAAGAAGAAGAAGAUGAUGAGUGCAGCCAACUUUCAAUACUGGGUUUUGCCUCAGCGUCGCAAGUCAAGGACUUGCAGGAUCUUCAGCAGCUCUUUCAGUUUGUCUCCGACUUGCAGGUGGUGGUGAAUGUGGCAAAUGAGCCAACACCACCUGGAGUGGUCGAGGCCUGUGAGAGCUGCUGGAGCUGCUGCCAUCGAACUGUCGCUACCACAGUUCCUGAGCGCGACUUGCCGCUCUUCGAGCAGCUACUGCACAACCUGGCCGAAGGCAGAGCACCUGCGCGGCUGCAACUGGCAGAGCACCGGGAGUGCUGGGUCAGCAGCUCUGGAGACCACCGCCGCGCCGCUGCGCAGAUCGAGGGCUUUGCAUCGCAAGUGCAGCGUGCCGCGCUUGGGCGCUUCGAGCGCUUGGCAGCGGUGGUGUGGUACAGCAGCGAGUGGCAAGCACAGCUUUUGGAGGUGCGUUGGCUUGCUGGGCCAAACCCUCAUGGUUGGCGCAGGCCAGAGGCGCCCCUGCGGCUGGUAGAAGCAUCGCCGCUUGAAGAUUGGCUUUUGGAACAGGAAUGCUUGGUUGGAUCGAUGAUUGUGCCUUCCAUGCCCAAAACACUGCCAUGGAAGAGCUGCAGCAUGUCAGCACCUGGCUUGAAAGUGGAGACUUUGGCUGACUGUGAGGAAGGCAGAGUCCUCUACAUACCAGAACUGCUGGCGCAUGAGGAAUGUCAGCAGUUUGUCGCGCUGGCAUUGUGCUUUCAUCAGCCUGCUGCACAGCCUGCAACAAUUGUGCCGUUGCCUCCUCAGCACCUUUCCACCAUGGACGACUCCUUGACCUUUGUCCUUUGCCCCGGCCGGGAGUCAGCUGCACCGGCAGCCCUGCUGUGGGAGGCACCGCAGCGGCAUGGAGUACGGCGAUGCGGAGGCACGAAGCUCACUGUUUGGUUGUCGCCCUGUAACGGUGAAGCUGUAUUCCCGUGGCUGCAGGCUGGCACGGAGGAGCACGCAACACUCUCCGUUGGCGAUGCGUGCGCCCGCUUGACGGCGGAUGCUGAAAACGAUCACGUGCUCCGUGUGGAAAUGCGACAAGGCGCAGCAUUGCUGGUUGAGGGCAGUGAGUCCCGAGCUGCGUGGCAUGUGCAGUCAUCAACUGGAGCUUGGACGCUGCAGAAGCUCUGGGUGAACCGUGAAAAGAAACCGCCCCAAGCAGUUGAAUAG